AUGGCGACCAAAACAAGUUUUCAGAAGAAAGCACGUGGAAAAAUAUUUCAAAUCCCUGGGACUCGGCCUUCACUUUUCAACAAUCAGCUUCUUGUUUCAACAGGGAUUCCAUCUCUCGAUCAUGUUUUGGGAGGGGGUGUAGCAGUGGGAACAGUUUUACUCGUAGAAGAAGAUUUAUUUGGAGACUAUGGAAGACUGGUUGUUAAAUAUUUCUGUUCCGAGGCAGUGAUGACUGGACAAUCUUUACUACUAGCCAGUGCUGAUAUUAAUCCUACAGAUCUCACUAAGGACCUUCCUGCCCCUAUCAUAGACCAACCUAAAGAUGACACUAGAGAAUCAGGUGACAAACAAACCACAGAUUCUGACAUGAAAAUAGCUUGGAGAUACGAAAACCUUCCUAAAUUUCAGUCCAAUCCUAGUGGUAUAAAAUUUGGACAUUAUUAUGAUUUAAGUAAAACCAUGGAAACAAGAUUAGUGGAAUCUAUCAAUAUAAAAUAUAUUUCAUCUGAUAAUUUAUAUACAGAUAGUCAGAAGGAGAGUGGGGGAUGUAGAAAUUGUGAAUAUAAUAAAUUAUUAGAAAUAAUAAAAACAACACUUGAUACUAGUCAGUAUUCUACAACUUCACAGAUCACUAAAGAUACCAAUAUACUCAAAAUAGCAAUACACAGUUUAGGAUCUCCACUGUGGGAUGAGAAUGGUGGACUGAAGGAUGAUGGGAAAGGAUUAGACUCAGCGUUACCAAGAUUUUUAUUAGCGUUAAGAUCUUUACUACGAACAUCAUUUAGUGUAGGUUUAAUCACAAUACCUACUCAUCUAUUUCAGGAAGAGUGUUUUAUUAGAAGAAUAGAGAAAUUGUGUGAUACAGUGAUUCAUCUAGAAAGUUUCUCAGGAUCUGAAAAAGAGAAAAAUCCAGUUUUUAAGGAAUAUCAUGGUCUUUUAAACAUUGUCCAGUUACCCAGAUUAAACUCUAUGACAUCACAUCAACCAGACACUCUCGACCUGGCUUUUAAACUACGUCGUAAAAAAUUUACCAUUGAGCAACUUCAUCUACCUCCUGAGUUAGGAGAAUCAGGGGCAACAACUCAUGAUCCUUUACAAAAUCUCAAAUCAACAGGAUGUACACCAGGUGGCGCUGGCAACAGUAAACUGGAUUUUUGA